CAUUCUCGAAAAUACAUCUCUGCUUAUCAGCUGCGAAUUUUUUUUCGGCUUUUUGAACUUGAGUGUCUUUAGUGUGUUGAUUUUGGAAAGAGAACGUGAUCAUCUUUAGUCCAAAAAUUUCUACAUCAGUCGCUCUUGAUCACUGCAAGGAUUCAGUUCGUUCCUCAAAAGCACAAAGAUGAAGUUUAUAAUUUGCAUAUUUAUUGCUGCUUUAUCAGCUGUCGCACAAUGUGGAAUCCACAGAAUCCCAUACUUCCUUGAUGCCGAGCAGAACGAGAUAAUGACAGAUGAGACAGAGGAAGUACACGUACCGUUAAGAAAAGACACAAAAAUAGUCGGAGCACCACGCUUAAUUAACACAGACGACAGUUAUGUCAACAGAAUUCUCAAUCAGCAUCUAGGAAGACUUAUUACUGGUGACAGCAAUAAAAUCGCAAUUGAUAGAAUCGAGGAAAUUACUCAACAAGUUGUGGCUGGUUCACUUUAUAGAGUCAAAGGACAUUACAUUAUUGAAGGUCAGAAGAAAGAUUGCGUAAUGACUGUCCUUGUUCAACCUUGGAUAACUGAAGAAUCUGUGAUUAUAUCCGGUCAAUGUGAUGAUGGAUCGUGCUACGUUACAGAAACCUACACAUGCUCACCUGAUUCACUUUAUUCAACUUUUAUGAAACCGGAUGCGUACUCGAAAGUGGGUGGAAUCGAAGAAAUUGACGUAAAUGAUCAGAAAGUUCUAGAACUUCUCAAACAUAGUUUAUUACAAUUGGAAAUGGGAACUGAUGGAAAUUUGGAAGUUGUGGAAGUACAAAAAAUCACCAGACAAGUCGUUUCUGGCGUUAGAUAUACAGUUGUUGGCACCUUUAAGACAACGAAUGGAAUUGAAGAGACUUGUACAGUGACAAUAUUUUUACAACCAAGACGUUCUGCAGAUAACAUGACUGAAGCUGCAUGCGAAUCAAAUGCAUAUCAGACGAAAUAUUACAGUAAUUAA